GGAUAAAAUAAGUGAAUUAAACUCUUUUAAUUAUACAUUGGAGCAAGAAAGGGAUGAUUUAAAUUUAAAGAAACAUGAAUCGGAAGCCGAGGUAGGGUAUAAGGAUUCUGAAAUCACCUCUCUUGGAACUAAAGUAAACGAACUAGAGAAAGUAGCAGGAAAAUCAUCUUAUGAAUCGAACAUAAUAGGUGAAGCUAAAGAGGAUCUAGACUUGGCUAAAAGUUACAAGAAAAGGCCUGGGUCGUUGGCAAAACAAGUCUGGAAAGUAGUAAGGAAUGAUAGCACUCCUAAUAGAAAGAGAUUUUUAGAUAUACUUUUAAUUCCUCAAAUGAAAAUAAAUCCUUUGACACAAGAAGAACAUGCUUUACAUUUUGAUGAAUUUGUUGAUAUACUUAAAAAAGCAAAUGUUUAUCAAUACUAUAUCAAAACAUAUAAUAUAGCCAAACUCGCCACAUAUAAGGAAUAUAUUUAUUUUAGUUUUGAUGAAUGGGUAGAAAAAAAGAAAUAUCAGUUAAGCCAUCGACUAGAUAAAGAAGCACAUGAUCUUGUUAAGGAAAUAUUAAAACAGCAGGGUUACAAACAAGAUUAUAUUUCACAAUGA